GGAAAAAGAAAACAUUUACAUUUCUUGAUGAAAACGCAUGUUUAAAGAAAAGGAAAAACAAAAUAUAUAUAUUUCUGCUUUUAUUUUUAAUUUUGUCAGGAUCGGUCCUCCAUAGUAUUCUGUCCGAAACAUGCAGACGCACAUUUAAUCUCUAACUCGUAUUUACAUGUCGUCGCCAACAGAUGGUGCCAUUAAAUAGUAAUUUUAUUAGGCAGUGUUCCAAAAAACAGCUCCCAGUUCUGUGAUGCAAUGCCAGAAGAUUAUGCAGCUUCACCUUAGACUGCUCCAUCCAGGGUGAUUGGCUGUCUGUGAUGAUGACGGCUGCAGAACAUCUCAGACAUCCUUCAUCAAGCUCAACAUCACCAUCCUCACUAACAAACCAGCUGUUGUCUGCAGCUGCAACAACCAUAUAGGCUCAAAUAACAUCUCAGUUAGUAUUGAACAACAUGCAAAUAACACGAUUUCUACUAAAACUAGAAUAAAUAUGUUGGUUUAUCUCUAAAGUGUUGCACUUGAUGUACUGAAGCUCAGGUCAGCUUUUUCUAUCAAUAGGUCACAUUUAGAAAAGCAAUCGUGCUUUUCUAAAUGUGACCUACGUGUGACGUGAAUGCGUUGGCCUCAGAGCAACGGCCAUGAUUGGCUGAAUAGUCCACUGCGCCCGCCCAUGAUUGAGGAAUGAAGAAAAGAAGCAGAGCUCGGCACUGUGGGGCUGCAGAUGUUGAUAAAUCCAUUCCGUUUGUUAGACGCCAUUCAACACAUCAACAGACUUGUUAUUUUAGUUAUGACGAGUGUACGAUAAUUUCCCUCAAAAUACGAUAAUUUUAUAUCUCUAGUACGAUAAUCCUACAUUUCUCACCUGGCAACACUGGUUCUGACCCACAUGCAGUAAACGCUCAAAGGAAACCAGGAAGUGUUUUACAGAUUUAUUUAAAGCACAGUAGUUGGUUGUUGAAACCGCCAGGAGGAGGGAGUCGGGCCGGAGGAAACAACCUGGGACUAAGGAGACGGCUCCAUUUUUCUACAGAAGCUGCAUUUACAACUUGUCUUGUUAUUAAAGGACAAAUAUUUGACCAAAGCAGAACAACACAUCAUUUUGCCUUAAGGUCAGGAUGAGGAACAGGUCACUCAGUGUCCUGGGCUUAGUGUUGCUGAACACACUCCUCUGUUGUGGACAAACUCCAGAUGCCGUGCUGACUAUUGAGCCCAACUGGCCGACUUUUUAUAGAGGAGAGUUUGUUACUUUCAUCUGUGACAUGAAUGAAGGAGAAGAAACUGACUGGAGUUACCAGAUCAACAUGAAUGGUCAAGACGUUAUCCCCUACAACUUCUAUAAAAGCUACAUAUUAGAACAUCUGUAUCAGAGUGGUGAAUAUCAUUGCUGUGGUCUCAGGAGGAGCUCAAAUAAACCAAAGUGCAGUAAAACUCUCUCUGUUACUGUUUCAGCAUAUAGACCCAGAGCUACACUGACCGCAGGUUCAACAACCAUACCAGUAGGGGGCAGUGUGACCCUGAGCUGCUCUGUGGAGACCUCUGCUGGAUGGAAAUACAGAUGGUUCAGAAGGACUUCAGACAUCUCUGAAGUCAGAAUAGAUAAUGAAGAAAACAGAGAUAUCUCUGUGACACAAGGAGGAAUCUACAGGUGUGAUGGAGUGAGAGGAAACCCAGACUUCUACACAGUGAUAAGUAAUGAAGAAACUAUUGAAACAAAAUUUUCCAACAAGGUUUUUGUGACACAACAACCAAACCCGCCUCAGAUCUUCAGUGGUGAGACGAUCACUCUGACAUGUGAGGUCCAGGGAGGAGAAACCACUGAGUGGACGUAUGAAUGGAAGAGAUCUGAGACAGUUCUACACAGGAUAAACAGUAAAGACUGGACCUUCAUAGUUUCUGAGUCCAGCAGUGGAGACUACAUGUGUCAAUGUAGACGCAGAGAUGACUGGUAUUCUUCAACACAGUGGAGUAAAAGCAUCACACUGUCAGUAUCAGUAACUGAGUCCAGUCCUGUCAGCUCUUCAUUUCCUGUGCUGUUGAUCGUUGGUCCAGUUAUUGGAGUCAUUCUCUUUAUUCUCCUGCUCUUGUUGUGGCGCCACAGACAGUUCAAGGAUUUAUGCUGCAUCAGGUUAUUUCAGUCUGAAAGCAGCAGUCAGAGCUCCACCACCAAUCAUGGAGUGAACCAAGCUGAAAGUCAUGUUUACAGCUCUCUGCUCCAUGGCAACAGUUGUCUGUAUGAGACAAUCCAAACCCGUGGAGCCACUGGAAACGAGAGGUCUCAUCAUCCAGAGGAAGGUCCUGAUUACGUUAACAUGAAACCAGAUUCCAGUAUAGGCUAAAACUACCAACCAGAACAACAGAAACGACGUUGGAGUCCUGCAUCAACAGAUGCUGCAAUUUAUUCUACGAUCAGGAACAGCUCUGGGUAACACUGCUGCCAUGUAGGUUUAUUCUGCAGUGAGUUAAAUUAAUCAGAUUUACAAAAUGUAAUAUAGUAUUUUCAUUUUUUGAUUUCAUGAUUAUUGUAGUUCUGCAUCUUGUUAUUAUUUCUACAAAAAUCAAAAGUGUUUUAUUUUCACAUUUUGUAAUCAUGUUAUUGUUGUAAAUGCCAAAUGUGGACAUUUAAGAGAAGAAACACUUUCAGCUUCACUGCUGGAGGUUUUAAUGUUGAAGCCUGAUUUUUCACAAGAAAUAAAGAAAACUGUACUGUGGAAAGGAGGGGAAGGGUCAGAGGUCAGACCCCAUUCCAAGUUCUUCAAUCUCUCCUGGCACCAGUCCAGACCAGCUUGAUGGAGUCUAUGGAUGCUAGAGGCCAUCCAUGCGUGGGGGUCGUGGGUCAUUGGAGGGCCAGAGGAGUUUUCUGUAAUCUGUGUCGAGAAGAUGGUGGAAGUGAGAUAGACAAGAAGGAGCAGAAAGAAACUCCCUAUACGGCUUGAAGUACCAAGACACCAACAACAGCCUCCUCACAUUAGAGACUUUACUCUCCUUUUCUUCAUGGAGUAUUUUUUGUGUUAAAUCCCUCAUCAUAUUUUAAUCAUGCUCAUCUACUCACAUAAAAUCCUACUGAUUUUAGUCUUUUAUUGAGUUUUAAAAAAGAUUAAGAGAAGAUUCAGAGUUUUUGAGGGGGCACUUUUGUAAAGAAGAGACAUUUUUGGGGCUGUUUUGGAGGAACUUUUAGGGCAAGUAACUUGUCAAACCUUUCAUAUAAUCAUUUGUUUCUUAUAUCUGAUUACCUUGUCUUAAAAUAAAACUUUCCUUUUUCAUCACAUUUUUAUUUGAAAUACACAAAA